AUGGAAGACCACGCGAGGAUCGCCGCGCCGCCGGUGACCUCGGCAGAGGUCGGGCCGGACCCGAGGCGGAGCGAGGGGAGCGGGAUGCCAGGGUGUCAAUGCAGGGGGUGCGGGGCCGCGUGGGGCGGCGCGGCGGGCGGGUCGGGGGCACGAGACUGCGCGGGCGCAAGUUUCUGGCACGGCGGGUGGCCGCCGGGGGGAGGGGCGGAGGCGAUGCGCGGUCGCGCGCGCGGGGCCCGCGGGCGUGCAGUGGCGGCGUGGGGCGGGUUCCGGGCCGCGCUGCUGCUGCUGGCGGGCGCGCUGGCGGUGCUGGUGCCGGGCGCGGUGGCGCAGGCGAGCACGUCGACGCUGUCGGCGCUGUCCACGAGCCUCUGCGGGGACGGGUCGAUCGGGCGGCUGAACGAGGCGUUCUCGCCGUCGACGACGUCGUACACGGCGACCGCCAUCCACGAGUGCGCGCUGCACAACUACGCCACGGCGGGGACGGGCGUGAGCGACCUCUUCAUGACGGUGAACUUCACGUGCAGCGCGAGCACGUGCAGCCAGGUGCGGGUCAUCAACAGCGCCGACGGCGCAGUGUCGACCCCGGCGCUCUCGUCGGGGUCGGGGAGCCAGGCUGUCGCGCUGCUGGUCAACGUCGCCACGGGCGUCGGCGACCCCGCGACGAUCACCGUCGAGGUCACGUCCCAGGACGGCACCUCGCGGACCAACUACACCAUCGGCACCGCGCGCCCCGGCCGCAGCACCGCCGACCGGCUCCUCUCCCUGCGCAUUGAGAGCGUGGCGCCCGCGGACGCCGGCUUCCCGUCCAGCGGCGUGCUGUACAAGGACCCGGGCGACGGGACCGUCGGCACGGUCGGGUUCGACCCCGCCUCGCUGAACUACCUCGUCGAGGUGGACCCGGACUACACCAGCUUCGGCGUCAACGCCACGCUCCAGGGGCCCUUCCAGCGGCUGUUCGUCAACUUCGCGAACGAGCCCAAGGACUCCACGUUCUGCCCGCUCGAGAACCCGCCACCGGGCGUCGAUGCACGGUGCUACACCACGGGCGCCGCCCCGGGGAUGCGCGCCAACAAGACCACGAUCCCGUACUCGCUGGCGUCGUUCCAGGGGUCCGUCCAGACGCUGCUGGUCGAGGUGCAGAGCCAGGCGCACCAGCCACGGAGCGGGCUCGCGCUGUUCAACACCGCCGGGAAGACGCUGUACACGAUCAAGGUCCUGCGGCGGGCGCGCGCCACCGACAGCGCCCUGCUCGGGCUGGCCAUCUCCUCCGCGGGGACGAACCCGAACGUCACGACGCCGCUGAGCAUCCCGUUCUUGCCCAUCCUCACGGCCGGCGCGACGCACUCGGCGAGCGCGCUGUUCCGGCAGCCCCAGGUGCAGUUCACGCCGACGGUGCAGGCCACCUCGGGCCGCACGCCCGCCGUGUCGCUGACGGACCACCGCAACCGCGCCAACAUCACGCUCGCGAAGACCGGCGGGAGCGCCGUGCGGCUCAUCUCGACCGAGCUCGGCGCCGCCCUCCCGCUCGACGUGGGCAGCAACACCUUCACGCUCACCUCGGUGUCCGAGGACGGCGCGUCGACCGCGACCUACACCUUCGUGAUCACGCGCGCGGCGCCCAACACGGACGCGCGGCUCGCGGGGAUGACGCCCGACACCGGGUGGGUCGCGCCCGAGGGCACGGACGGGUCGACGGGGCGGCUGGACACCCCCAGCGCGCUCUGGCAGCCCGAGCUGGCCAACCACGUGGUGCGCGGGCCGCACAACUUCACGUACCUGUCGGCCGCGGUCGCGCCGAGCGUGGCGACCAUCCGGCUCAAGCCGCGGUGCAGCGGCGUCGUCGCGGGCGGGGAGGUGUGCACCAUGCUCGUGGACGGGGCCUACGUGCCGCCGGGGAACUUCUCGCAGGCGAUCGCGCUCCCGACGCCCGCGGCGUGGCCGGUGCCGUCGGUCACGAACAUCACCGUGACGGUGCUGCCGGAGGACCGCUCGCAGCCAAACCGCACGUACUACGUCGCCGUCCUGCGCGCCGCCGUCGAGCCCGCGGCGUCCUUCUUCUAUCCCUACCUCCAGGUGACGUCGCCCGUGACGAACGCCACGCUCGGCGUCACCCCGGGCCUCCAAGUCGUGGGGUCCUCGCUGGUGGUCCCCGAGGAGCUCGGGCUGGAGGCUGGCGCGGGGCAGCUGCACAAGGUCGAGGUCAACCAGACGAAGUGGGACCUCGAGCUCGGCGGGGCGCUAGCGUCGAUCAAGGGGGACUUCUCGGCGGUCCCGCGCGUUCAGGCGAACGUCACGCUGGCGGACACGGCGGGCGUGUUGCCGCAGGUCAACCUGAGCGGGGCGCUGCCGACCGAGACGAACGCGACGCUGAUCGCGAUCUACGGCGCCGGCGCGAUGUCGCCGGGGAUCUGUUCGGACGGGUUCCGGUGCAUCCUGAACCUGUGCGUUCCCGCGGGGGCGGCGCCGUUUGACGCCAGCGGGAUUCUGCAGACCCGGCUGUACGCGCGGUGCAGCAAGGUGGUCUCGCUGGCAACCAACAUCACGACUGCGGCGGCGUUCAACCUGACGGGCACGGUCGACGGCGUCCCGGUGCGCGUCGGCACGACGACCCCGGUGUUCAACGAGACGGUGGUCAACACGACCUUCACCGGCAACGCGACGGUCAACAGCACGACCACGACGGUGUCGUUCCGCGUGUUCACGCCGUCGUACUUCCGGGACCCGGCGCGCGACGCGCCGUACACGUCGCUGGUGUGGCAGGUCGUGCACUCGCGCAUGCAGGUCAACAGCUCCGUGCUGCUGGCACCCGCGAACGUGACCGCCGCGGGCCCGCAGACGCUGCGCGUGGACGGUCGCGACCGCUUCGGCAAUCCCGUGACGGGCCUGCGCCGCGCGUACGCCACCGGGCAGCUCCAGGCCAACAUCUGCCGCCAGCAGCUGGUGGGCGACCUGGACCCCCUGCGCGCGCUGGAGGGCGACCUCUCGCGGUUCAUCCCGAACGGGAGGGACGCCGCGCCGAACAACUCGGACGCGCACGUGCUGCACGUCCGCCCGGGUGGGUUCCAGGCCUACUUUGCCUACAUCGAGACGGUGCCCAGCCUGCUGCUGUUCAACGAGACGGUCGUCACCACGCGCAACGUGUCCGUGCCGGUGACGGCGGCGCCCGUGAACGGCAGCGCGACGACCGUCGUGCCCGCGGCGACCACCACGCCCAUCGUCACGCAGACCGUCACCGAGGUGGUCACGCGGAACGUGACGUUCGUGAACCGCGUGCGCGUCAAAGCGUGGGACGUGCGCACGGGCGGGCUCGUGACCCUGCCCGAGCUCCCCGCUGACAACGUCACGCUGGCCAUCGACAUCGAGGAGAACCCGUUGACGCUCCAGCCGCACGUCUUGAUCGCCAACACCACGUCGGUCCGCGUCCUGCGGUACGAUCGAAACGCCGUCGUCGGGCGGCAGUGGCUCCCGGCCGUUGGCGGCGAGGACGGCGGGCCCGACCGCUGGGGCCAGCUCUACUCGCUGAGCCUCGGGUGUCCGUCUGGGUCGCAGGACUGCGGCGCGACGGCGGGCCGCCUGGUGUACACCCUCGACCAGCAGCUGAUUGCGUGCGUGCGCGAGACCAUGGCCGCGCACGCCGGCAAGGUAUCGUGCUUCAACCGCCUGCUGUCAGGCUCGUCGUUCUCGGCGCUGCUACGCGACCUCAUCGACGUCCCGGGCCUCGCUGCGUGGGACGUGGAGGUUGACCAGGACGGAACCCUCCACGCCAUGUACCUGGACGGCAGCGACGACCUGCGGUGGAUCCGUGGGUCCACGAUCAACGGCAGCGUCAUCACGAACGCCACGGUCGUCGCGCGCGGCAUCAAGAGCGUCGUGCUGCGCAAGACCAGCGCGGGCGUCGUGUACGGCCUCGCGCACGCGCCGGGCACCACGCCCCUGCUGUUCACCAUCCGGCAGCACUUGACGCCUUUCGCGGAGCCGCCGCCGUUCCGCGCGAGCGAGGCCUCGCUCGGGAUCGACGCCGCCAGCAACCCCCUGGUCGCCGCCGCGCCGGAGCUCGGUCAGCCGGUGCUGGCGCAGUGGCGUGGCGACUCGUGGCUGGUCCGCGCGGACUCGUUCACGUCGGGCGCUUCGCGGCUGCAGGUCGCGGCCAAGCAGGACGGCGCGAUCUACGUGUCGGGCGUGGACCCUCCGUACAACUUCACGUCGACGGUCAAGGAGGUGACCUUCAUCCUGCCGUCGACGGCGGGGUGCCCCUGCCCGGGCGCGUUCGACUGCGUGCCGACGUCGGCGAACCUCACCGCGCUCGGAAACGGCAGCUACACCGCGACGAUGAACUUCGACCGCACUGGGCCGUCCUCUGUGUUCGUGCUCGGCGCCGAGGCGCCCGCGGCGGCGAUGCAGGGCGGUGCGCCGCUGCUGAGCUUCGCGGGCGAUCGGCUGGGGGACUACCCGCGCGUCGUGCAGGUGGUCCCGAACGCGUUCGGGGUGGGCACGACCAUCGCGCAGGACCCGGCCCUGGUCCCGCGCGUCAACGCCACGCGGCCGCAGUACUUCAUCAUCGCGCGGGACGACCAGGGCAACCCGCUGCCCUCGGGCGUCAACAUCACGGCCAUCGGGAUCAACUGGGACCCGCUGCCGACGGAGGAGGACAACAACCGGACGCACGGCCGCUUCGCCCUGACGCAGGUGGGGCCCUACGCGGGGCUCUUCAGCGUCGUGUGGGACACGUACCGCUCGGGGAGCUACGACCUGCUGGUGACGGUCGGGGGCCGCAACCUCACGGGCACGUUCCGGCAGUUUGUGCGCGCGAACGAGAUCGGCGACGGGACGCGCGUGGAGUACCCGCGCGUGGCCAUGGCGGGCUUCCGGCACGAGAUUCGCGUGUUCGGCAAGGACGUGUACGGCAACCCGAUCGUGCGCGACAAUCCCGGCGCGACCCUCGACCUGGGCAUCUUCUCGAACGGCGUGCGUCUCGCGCCGUCGGAGAUCUCCGCGUCGUUCAUCAAGCCGGAGCCCAACUCGCCCGACGCUCUGGCGGGCGUGUCGCUCGCGACCUUCCUCGGGCCGCGCAACGCGUCGCUCACCUACACCAUCCGCCUGACGCUGGUCAACCUGCAGCACCCGCUCAACGCCGGCAAGAACGGCACGCUCCUCCUCGACCUCAACGCCACCUACGCGCCCGUGUCGCUCGGGCCCGGGUCCCCGCUCCAGGCGUUCUCGCUGCUCGGCAUCCCGGCGUACCCGGACCCUGUACGCAGCACGCUCGAGUUCGGCGCCACGCAGCGCGCGGGCAUCGUGACGUUCUCGCUCCUCCCGCGCGACGCCUUCGGCAACCCGUCGUACGUUUCCGAGUGGAACGUGACGGCCGUCCCGACGUUCGUGCCCCAGGAGGCGUACAACAGCGACCCGGCCUACGUGCGCUCGGCCCAGCCGCGCGUCGCGGAGGUGCUCGACGACAAGACGGCGCACAACGGCCCCAGCUUCUGGACGGAGCUGGCGCCCGACCCGUGCCGCGGGCGGGAGGGCCAGCCCGAGCAGUGCGUCUACAUGCCAGCGCUGGACAGGAUCGGGAACUACCGCAUCGAGCUGCGGCUGAACGGGACGCUCGUGACGGUGGUGACCCAGCCGCCCUCGGUGCUCUCGCGGCUGAGCGCGCUCCCGCGCACCGCCGCCGCGGGCCAGAGCGUGAUCUCGUUCCUCGAGGGCGUGGACAUCUUCGGGAACCGCCUCACGACGGGCGGCGAGGCGAGCCUUCUGGAGGUGACGCUGGUGAACGCCAACGCGCUCGACCUGACCUUCAUCGCCAACCUGACGGACGGCGGCGACGGCAACUACUUCAUCCAGUUCCAGCUCCCGGACCCGGGGAGCUACAUCGUGAGCGUCGUGUUCAAGAACAACCGCCUCGUCGAGGGCCCCCGCAGCGACGUGGGCAUCACCACCUUCUCCAGCGCCACGCAGCUGCCACGCCGCUCGCUGGAGAUCCUGGGCGAGCUGCCCACGCUCGACUUCUCCGCGACGCUCACGACGCGCCAGGGCGGGCCCGGCGAGUCCGCCAUCGACGCCGGCGAGCCGUACAGCAUCGUCGUGGCCGCGCGCCGCACGCUGCCCGUCGCAACCUACGCCAACUUGCGCGCCGUGACCACCGUGCGGUUCCAGCGGCCCGGGCAGCCGGGCGACACUGUCGUGCAGCCGAUCGACAUGGGCCUCCCCAACCCCGACGGGCGGUGGUUCGCGACCGUCAACCACACCUUCAAGGGGCCGCACUCGAUCGAGGUGACGGUCGGGGGGCAGCAGGUCCCCGGGUCGCCGUUCGCGGUGCGCGUCGACCCGAAGGC